CACGUUUGAAAAAGUUGGUAAAUGCGAAUAUUGCUAUUAUUUUUUUUUAAAUAAUUAAGCAAAAACAUACACUUUUCUUGUGGAAUUUAAGUUCAUUUUGUAAAGUUGGUCAACGUAAACUUAAUUACUUUUAAAACUGAUACAUUAUGAAUUCCGAAGGUGAAAAUUUUCCUUCGAAUAAGCGAAGAAGGUACAAAAUGAUUUUGGAUCCUAAUUGUGAUCCUGCUUUGCAGCUAAGUCAAAAAACUUUAAAAACGUGGAUUGAGGCUUCUGAGAAAAUAAUAAAUCAAAUAAGAUUGAGAAGUAGCCUUGAAACAUGUACUAGUGAAGUACACUUGGACGAAUUGUUACAUAGUACAGGAAUUGAAAACGAGUAUAGGGAAUAUUCAGAAACCGAUGAAGAAAUAAUUGACUAUUACGAGGAAGCAUCAGAUUCUGAAGACGAACAAGAUAUGGAUCCAAAUUUGCAAUCUCCAAGCACGCCAACGGCAGAAAGCUCAUACACAAAUACAUCUAUGUUUAAUCAAGGAGAGGAAAUCAUGUUCGACAAUUCUGGUACAACAGUUAAUGAUGUUAUACAAAUGAUUGUUGCUUACAGUGUUCGUUUCGGUAGUACGCAUCAGCAACGUGAUUGGAUGUUAGAAAUGUUUAAAAUUUGUGCUGGAUCUCGCUUUGAUCAUAUUAAAUUGUCGAACUAUCAGAUUUCAAAAGUUUGUGAUCCACCUCCAGAUAAGAUAGUGUACCAUUUCUACUGCGAUCAAUGUUUACAGAAAAAAAAGUCUUAGAAUCUUGUUUGAAAUCAGACAUU